AAAAUGAAAAUCAUUUGCCCCCAAUGAGUUAAACAACUUUGUUGAGUCCAGGUGUGUGAGUACGUAGGUGGGAUAUAAACGUUGCCAUACUACCACACGUGGAUUUACUUAGCCUGGGGAUGAGUAAAACAAGUGUGAAUAAAUGUGUCCUGGAUGGAAUUUGAGUCAGUGUGGCUGUAGCUUUCGGUGGAACUAGAUGAUUGGAGGAGUGGUCCCUUUCCUUUGUCAAACUUUCUUCUCCUCCUGCUCCCCCCUCCUACUCCCUCUGCAAUUCACUUCAAGAGUGGAAGGCUCUGAGCCGGUAAUAGCCUAGGCAGCAACCUCAGGCAGAAGUCUCUUCUCCCAGACACAGCACUCUUCACCACAUAACUUGGUGCAUCCAACAAGACAGAGCAAACCAUGCCCUCUAGGUUAUGGUGGCUUUUGUUCCUGCUGGACCACCAAGUCUUUUUGGCACAAAACACCAACGAAGAAAAGAGAAAUGGAAUCAGAAAACAGAAGCCCAAACCGUUCCUCUCAAAUGCAGUAGAAAAGUAUCCCAGUCCAAGUGACCAAGAUGAAGACUGCAUUCUGGAAAUGGCUUUCCUUCUGGACAGUUCGGAGAGUGCAAAGAACUUCAAUCACGAACAACAGAAGAAGUUUAUCUUGGAGAUAGUGGACAGGAUGAAAGGGCUGCAGCUCAGCUCUGGACGUUCCCUCAGCUGGAGGACGGCCUUGCUGCAGUACAGCAGCACCGUCCUCAUUGAGCAGACUUUCAGAGAUUGGAAGGGCCCAGAUGCCUUUAAAUCCCGCAUCGCCCCCAUCACCUACAUCGGCCACGGCACCUACACCACUUACGCCAUCACCAACCUCACGCAGCUCUACAUGACCGAGGGGACUCACGGUAGCGUGAAAGUAGCUGUGCUCUUGACGGACGGAGUGGACCACCCGAGAAACCCAGAUAUUUUCUCAGCCACUGCCGAUGCUAAACACCAAGGCAUCGUGUUCUUCACAGUGGGGAUGACCAGAGUGGCUGAGGAGGUGGCCAAUGCCGCCAAGCUUCGGCUCCUGGCCAGUGUCCCGGCAUCCAGGUUUGUCUUCAAUCUGCAAGAGAAAGGAGUUGUGGAGAGAAUUCUCAAAGAAAUGAAAGAACUGGCAGAAGAAGGGUGUCCCCAGCCUCCUAUAUGUAACUGUGAAAAAGGAGAAAGGGGUCUUCCUGGCCCUGCUGGUAAAAAGGGUCGUCCUGGUGAUGAUGGAGCCCCUGGUCCAAAGGGCGUGAAGGGCGAACCAGGCUUAAAUGGAAUUCCAGGAAGAGAUGGAACAGAGGGAAAGUCUGGAUACAAAGGAGAAAAGGGUGAAAGAGGCGAAUGUGGAACACCAGGAAUAAAAGGCGACAGAGGUCCAGAAGGCCCAGGUGGACCAAGAGGCCUCCGAGGUCUUCAGGGUUCCCAAGGACUGCCUGGAGACCAAGGACCUGAAGGAAUGCAAGGAUCAAAGGGUGAAAGAGGCCUGCCUGGCCCUGCUGGACUGACUGGAGAAACGGGAGUAGGGUUGCCUGGCCCCAAGGGUGACAUUGGUUUAACAGGAAGACCAGGCCCUGUUGGGCCACCUGGAGUUGGAGAACCAGGUUUACCGGGGCCUCAAGGACCGCAAGGUAUUCAGGGAGAAAGGGGAUCUCCAGGAGAAGGGCUUCCAGGACCAAAGGGAGAUCGUGGCUUUGAUGGUCCAAAGGGACCCCGAGGCCAACCAGGCAUUGGCAUAAAGGGUGAAAAGGGUGAAAUUGGCCCGCCUGGUUUGCCUGGGCCUAUUGGAUUACCUGGUGUUGGACUUCAAGGAGAGAAGGGAGUAGAAGGCCCCAAAGGACCACCAGGGCCAAGAGGGCCACCUGGACAGGGAUUGCCCGGAUCAAAGGGUGAUCAAGGUUUACCAGGAGAAACUGGAGCUCCGGGAGAAAGAGGUCUUGGAGAACCUGGAGCAAAGGGGGAACCAGGUUCUUCAGGACUAGCAGGUCUACCUGGCCUGCCAGGAGAAGAUGGAGCACCAGGCCAAAAGCGAGUUUCCUCACCCGCAGCCCAAAGGAAAACCACGGGGCGUCAGGCUGCCAUGCAGUCGGAGAGGCGCACUUCGGAGCCAGAGCAGUCGAUGCCCCUGCGCAACUCCCACAUUGCCAGCGGGCCACCGGGAAUCGCCUGA